AUGCAUUUACCUGUUUAUUCAAAUUGGAUUAUUCGUCCUCUCUUUAAAAAAGAUAUUUCAUAUGGAAAACCAUGGAAUUUUCUUUCGCGUAUUAUUAUUUUUGGUGUAGCUUUAAUUUCUAGAAUAUUCAUGAUAUAUGGUGUUCGUCGUGUUAAAGUAAUUAAGGGGGAUGCUUUUUUAAACCUACUUAAAACAACAACACUCGAUGAUCCUCUUAUAUGGGGGAUAUUUCCUUUUGAAACAUGGUUUAAUAGACGUAUUCGAUGGUCUCUAGCAGCAUCAGAUAUUUGUUUUACUAAUCCAUUAACAUCUCUCUUUUUUUCUCUUGGACAGACUCUUCCUAUUGUUCGUUAUGGUGCAGGUCCAUUCCAACCAAGUAUAGAUGAUGCGAUUCGAUUGAUUUCUGAUCCAAUUUGUUCUUGGGUUCAUAUUUUUCCGGAAGGAAAGGUUUAUCAACAGCCAGAAUGUGCUCUAGGAAUAUUUAAAUGGGGAGUUGCACGGCUUUUUCUUGAGGCAGCACAACGGAGUUCAAGAUUACCAGUAGUUGUUCCGGUAUUUUUUCAUGGGACACAAUAUCUGAUGCCUGAAACUCGUGGAUUUCCACGUUGGGUUCCACGUCUUGGCCAAGGUAUUGAAGCAAGGUUUGGUGCACCAAUUCAAGAUGAAUUGAAGCCAUUCGUUGAAAUAUGGAAAAAAUUAGGAUCAGAUCAAACAAAAUCAACAAUAUUUCAUGAUAAUAUUCGUAGUUUAGUUACGGCACAAUUGAGGAAACAUGUAAACCGCCUAAGACAAGAAGCAGGUUUCAAAUAA